UUCCUUCCGGCCUCAUCAUGUCGUCCUUUUGCCUUCUCGUCCCUUAGUAAUCAGGCAGACAAAGCGCCAGACAUGCAUCAAAUCGAUCUUUUAAAAGCAAAGCAUACGCGGCUAUCAUGCAUGGCGCAGGAGCACCGAGACUAAGCUAAAAGUCAUUAACGCCCGCGGCAGGUAUUGUACCUGGUAUGUCGCCCGAACGCAAAGCCGUCUUCCUUUUUUUUCCCGAAGAAAAACAAUGAAGAUAUCCAUCCGCCCGCGAGACUACAAAAGACAAUAAAAAAGUUGUCGCGAAGAACAAUAGAAUUUUUCUUUCUUCCCCUAGAGGAUCCAUCCAUCACACCUUUCCCGGCUUCCUUCGGAAUACCGACUCAUAGUCCUUAUUGUUCUUUGGCUUCAUCACGUUUCGAGUGUGUUUUUACCUUUAUCACAUCACUUAUACGAGCGACAAGUUCUUUCCCAUAUAAUCCUCCCUCCGUUGUCCAUCUUUAACUUCACGUUGUCCAUCUUUAACUUCAUUUCUUUCAUUACCCCAACGAUUGUCGCUUAUCUAUCCUAUCUGCUCCCACAAGCGAUUCCAUAGUCAACCAUAUUCGUACACAAACUCUACUGUGUCUCAUCAUCUCAACUCAACGUUCUCACGUCAUCCAUCGCUUUGGUUCUCCCAUUGCAUCCCUUUCAGUCUAAUCGAAGUUAUAUAUUUUGGCAUAAAAGCGUUACUUACAACCACAACAUGUCCUCCGUUUUCUCCUUUUCAUAUUCCGAGGAAACCUCAACCAACCUCGCCACCUUCUUUUUCCAGUCACCUUCUCUCCCUACCUCCCCUUCGGCCCCCCUCGGCCGUGCACCACACUCACCCAAACAGGCCACUAAAAAGCUUGGCCGCCAUAUUGCCAUGAAAGAGCCUUCCCAAUGUGGCCUUUUCACUGUCUGUGAGAUUCCCGAAACUGAGAGAGAAUUCCAAAGGCAUGAAGCGAUAGACGUAGAAUCACUUGCAAAUGAGGGAUCCAUCUACAGUUGCCCAUCAGCUAUUGCGUCUAGCGAAGCACUCUGCCUCACACCAGGUCGAAACGAAGUCGAAUUCUCUGAGGACGCUUACAAUGAAUCCAUGAUCACCGAUGCGGACGUGACCAUUUUGCAAACACCUAGCCCUGAGUCCAACAGACGAUUACAUCGCCUUUCUUGGUCAAGCACCGGUAGUGAUGAAAGGCCCGUUGUGACUCCUUUGAUGGAUUUGGAAAACGAAGACCCCUUCUUGUGCUGGUCUCACGUUCCUUCCAACGACGGCAAGAACGAUGACGAUUUUGAGAUGGCGAUGGCCGAUGUCAGCGGAACUAUCCCUCAAUCGUUGUUCACUACUUCUCCGUCUUUGCCAGAUAACAAAGCUUUCUCUCGUGCUCGUCGAGCUCCCCCACCUCUCACCCUCAACACUCGAUUUAAUCUUCCUCAAUCUUCUACAACCUCUUCUGCUGUCACCCCCACUCUUAGUGCCCACCCGGUCAGCUCCGCCAGUACGACUGCCUCCUCAGAGAUUCUUACUCCUCGGAGCACUUCAUCCACCACUGGUAGCAACCUCAUGCCCCCACUGCCCAUCAUGUCUUCCAACGACUGGGCUACUAAGUUUCGCAAAGCCGAGGACAUAGAAAUCAAAGUUGUCACUCCGACCACUCCUACUUCGAUCAGGGAUCACAAUUCAUUCACGGAUAGUCAUCAGUCUCCCAUUAGCGAGAACAUUGAUUUAGUUUCUGCACUCGAAGAUCUUCUUUCUUCUUGUGGUGAAGCUGCGGCUACGGACUCCUUCUCUUGUGCUUCGCAUGACGGCGAGUUUGAGACCAAGCCUCUUCAGUUCCCUCUUCCAACUAACCGCUCUGAUCUUCUCUCGCCCGGCGGCUCUCUUCACACGCCAGAGAAGAAAUCUAAGCGCCCUUCAGCGCCCUAUGCUCCACGCAAGCCAUCUCGUCCCCACCCUCACUCUCAGAUCCCUCUGAGGAGGGAAGAAGGCCGCAUCUCGCCUAGGUCAUUGGCGGGAGACCACUCCUUCUUGGCUUACCUUUCAAGGAGCGAGAGCCCGGCGAGUGGGAAAUGGUCUGUCAAGAGUGAUUCCAGUCAUAGCAGCUUGGGUAGCUGUAGUACUGGAAAUGGCAGUUCUAGGAAGUUGCCGGAAAGGAUGGCUUUGCCGGUGGAGUGGUUUGGGCUGAUAGUCUGAGAGGAUCCACGAAAAAGCACGUUGAAAUGUUUGUUAAUUAUCCCGGUUCUUUGUUUUUUUUGAGUUGUACGACCUACAUAUUCCCUUUUAAUUACUCACUAUUAGUCCGUGCUGUUAGGAUCUUGACGAAUUGUAAUGAAAAGACGAAAGAAACGAGGUCGUUUAAACGAUUUAAAUGACGGUAUUUAUUGCUUUAUAUAUAUAUACAUGAAUUAGU